AGUUUUGAUUGGGUUGUUUUUGAAUGUUUCGCUGUCAUUACGAACUUUCGGUUCUAUAAUGGUCUAUAAUGGAGCACGUAAUUGCCGGACAGUCGGACCGGAGUGCUAUAAAUGCCAGUGUGCCGGGCGGAAGUACACCAAAAAGCUGGCAGGACAACGACAAUGGACUAUAUGCAGGAGGCGCCGCAGCUAAUCGAAACGGAUGCGGAAAUGGCGAGCAGACCGAAUGGGAAUGGAGUUGCGGAUGGGAAUGAGCUCGGCAUCUGGCAACUGAACACACACGAUGCUGUGCGGUAUCAUUGGCGGGUCUGGGAGCUGACCGGCCUGAUCCAGCCGGCGGGCAUGUCCCGGCCGUUGCAUCUGCUGCGCGCCAUUCUGAUCAAUGCGCUGGUCACACUGCUAUUUCCAUUGACGCUGCUGGCGAAGCUGUUCUUCACGCACAGCCUGCAGGAGCUGUGCGAGAAUCUGACCAUCACCAUAACGGACAUUGCGGCCAAUUUCAAGUUCAUCAAUGUGUAUCUGGUGCGCCGCCAGCUGGCCGAGAUCCGGCGUCUGCUGCAACAGCUGGACAGACGGGCGAUCGGCGUGCAGCAUCCCGAGGAGCUGCAGGCCCUCCAGUUGGCCAUCAAUAUGGCGCGGAACAGCUUUCGCAUAUUCGCCGGCAUCUUUGUGUUCGGCACAGCGCUUAGCUGUCUGCGUGUGACAAUCAGCCGGGAGCGCACUCUGCUGUAUCCCGCCUGGUUCGGCAUCGAUUGGCAGCACUCGGAUGCGGCAUAUUUGUGCCUCUGCGGCUAUCAGUUGUUCGGCUUGGCUGUUCAGGCGUUGCAGGACUGUGCCAACGACUCCUAUCCGCCGGCCUAUCUGUGCAUACUCACGGGCCAUAUGCGCGCUCUGGAGCUGCGCGUCCGCCGCAUUGGCUAUCCGGCCUGGUCUUCGCGCUCGGUCAGCUGCGAUCACCAGCGCUGGCGUCGUGCUGUCCACGUGGAGCUGUGCAGCUGCAUCGAUGACUACAUCAACAUCAUCAAGCUGCACGCGAUCAUUCAGCAGAUCUUAUCGAUCGCCUGCCUGGCCCAGUUCCUCUGCUCCGCGGCCGUUCAGUGCACCGUGGGCAUGCACUUUCUAUACGUGACAGACUCGAAUGAUCUGUCCGCCAUGGCGCUGUCCAUGGUGUUCUUUAUCGCCGUCACCCUGGAGGUGUUCAUCAUCUGCUAUUUUGGGGAUCGCAUGCGCGGGCAGAGCGAGAAGCUCUGCGAUGCCUUCUAUGCCUGCAACUGGGUGGACCAGACGCCGCAGUUCAGACGCAUCCUGAUCAUCACCCUGAUGACCAGCCAGCAGACAUUCUGCAUCUAUGCCGGCGGCUACAUAGCCGUCACUCUCAAGACAUUCGUUCAGGUCAUCAGGUCCACCUGGUCCGUCUUCACACUGCUGCUGAGAGCCAAGUAAGCCACCAGGAGCUGGCCUGAGGAAGCAACUAUCCAACUUAACUCUGAUAAUACUCAGAUCCCUGAAAAGUAAUGCCUUCAGCAGCAUGUUAUUCAGCACAUCGUAACCAAUAUUUCAGGUCAAAGGUAGACAGAUCUAAAGUAAUCCCCCAAAAAACUAAAGAUCCCUGCGAGCACAAUAAGAGCUAAUAUAUAAAACCCAUAUAAUCCAAAUAUCUCAGAAAACUUUGGAUCUUUGCAA